AUGCCAAUGAGUGCGAUUGGAAUGGUCAAGACUGCGGCGUCAUUGCCAAUACAAUUUGUUUUAUGUGUGUUAUUCGUUUUUUUUUUCAGAUACACAGGACACUGUCCUAUGCUCAAGUUCCGAUUCGGCAAAUGUUACGGGGACAACACGAGGCAAAUACUCCGAGAAAUCCGAUCCAAAGGACUAUUCAAUAAGCCACUCGAGUACCGGCCAGGCGACAAUUACGAGCUAGACAACGUUCCGAAGCGAGACAUGCCUCAGCGAGAUGUUUACGAAGGCCUGCGCAACCGACAGACUUCUUACAUGACUGGCUAUACAGGAUAUGUUCCAGGGUUGAACUUUAGAUAUGGCAAAUCCUACGGCAGAGCAGCGGACGACUGCAUGGCGGACUUUGCUGAGAACCAACGCGACUUGAGACGUAAAGCCGACCUGAACAGGUCCUUUAUAAGGUCUCGGAGCGCACCAAAGAUGGAGACGAUACAUUCCAGAGACGAGAUACGGCGAGACCUGUCUAGAUUUAGGGAGAUCAAUAAGUACAAAGAGAACACAAUAUCUCCGGAAUUCCCUCCAAUCGCUGGAUACACUGGCCACAUCCCCCGCAUCAAAGGUUCCGAAGCCUCCUUAAGUCAGAGAUACCACUGCGCCGCCAAACGAGGCUUAGAGCUCAUCAGAAUGGAGCGAGACAAGAGAAAAGAGCUCCAGCAAGCGAACACAAACGUCAAAGCCAUCCUUAAGGACCACGAGAAGAAAUAUUCUUACAUCAAUUGGGGAUAGCAUACAGGCAGGAGAAUGUUCUUUACCAAGUGCCGGUGAACAUUCUUCUGUGACAAACAGUAUUUUGUUGUUGACGUGUGAAAUAAUAAUUAGAUUUAUGACCUUUAAUGGUGAAGGUUUCUGUCCCCCUAGACAAGUUGCACUUUUUGAUCGAAUCCUAAAGCCCGGUCUGUGAACACGUAGAAUUUUGUCCAAUGAC